UGGACCUGAAACAACAGGUCAGACGGAACAAAAGGAAUAAGAAGGUCUUCAGCACUCAGACAACAGAUGAAGAUUUUGCUGAAGCCUGGGGCAAAUGGUAUGCAGGGAGGUAUCAAUAUUACAGGCAAGAAGAAGCAAGCAAGAUGUAUUCAUCAACUUGGGAGUAUGUCCAGCCGCCUACCAUCAGUCCUGCUAUGCAAACAGUGAAUGAGAGUGCCUUACCAUCUGUGGAGGAAGCUGCUCUUGAGCUUCAGGCAGAUGGGAAAAGUGUUAUAUGUAAUAAAUGUUGUUCUGAUGUUAAUAAACACAAGGCGAAUGAUACAGGUAAGGAGGUUGGUGAUGAAAAUCUGAAAACACAUUGUGAGUGUGCUCAGAAAACUAAAGAAAAGGAAAGAGAGACAGCAAAGCACAAGAGACACAAGGCAAAGAAGAAAGAUAAAAUUUUGGAUAGGAACACAAAGAGUGACACCCUAGAUGAACCAAAAUUAAAAUCCACUGACUCUAUAAAGGAAUCCUAUGCAGUAGAAAACAAUAGCCAAGCUAGUCUAAAGGAUGAUAAAGAAUAUUGUAAACCAGAUGAGCCUAGACUGAGUGACAAGAAAGAAGCUGCUCAUGGAUGGGAUAAUUCAAGUGAAAUGAGCAUUUUGGAUCAGGUUAAGGCAGCUGCAAAUGAAGCAGUCCAGGGGAGUGGAUAUGUGUUUCAGGAAGAACUUGGUCUGUACUAUGACUACAGCACACAAUAUUACUACAAUGCUGAAACUGGAUUGUAUUAUGAUCCCAGGACUGGCACCUAUUUCUACUACGACCAUGCCUCGCAGGCUUACCAGUUCCACUCUCAGGUGGCUGUUGAUGAAAAGCCAGGAAAGAAGGGAAAACGGAAAGAUGAUGCAGACAGGGAAGAUUCAGAGGGCAAGAGGGUCAAGCGGAUAAGAAAGGCAAAAGAAAGAAAUGAGGAAGAGAGAGAAGAAGGGGAAUGUACUGACUCUGGAGAGGAAGAAUUAGAACAAGAGGAAGAAGAGGAAGAGAUGAGGAAUGAGGAGGCUGCUGAGGAGAGUGUUGAUAGGGAAGAAACAGUAUAUGUGCCACCAUCUUUAAGGUUAAUGGUAAUUGAAAGUGCAAGUGAGAGAGUGAAGGUGGGAACACUUCAUUUAGUAACCUUAGAUGGAGGCACAGUGGGUAGAGAGGCCAAGAAUUUAGUUCAGCUGCCUGAUCUGAACAUUAGCAAGGUACAUGCAGAGAUAAGUUAUCAUUCAGAGGGCCCAGAUGACCACCACUACUACCUCAAAGAUUUGGGUAGCAAUAACGGAACUUUUGUGAAUGACACAAGGUUGAGUGAGCCACGAGAAACUAGCAAAGAAGUAGAGCUUGGACAUGGAUGGACGUUGCAGUUUGGUCCAGUCAAGGUGAAAUGCCACAUUCACCCAGGACUGCUGACCUGCAAUGAGUGUGAACCAGGACUAGUAAAUGCUAAUCACUCUUCACAGGAUCCUGGAAGUUCCAUUGUGUCUUACAAAAAUGCCAAGACUCGAGAGAAAGCGAGGAAGAAAGAACUUCAGGCCAUGAAGAAGAAGUAUGCCCUAACUUCAUCAACAGGUGCACCAGUUACAAGUGGAGACUAUAAUGAUCGAGCUGAUAGAAGAAGAAAGGAAGUGGGUUCCGAUAAUCCCUAUGAAAAGACUGAAGUAGCAUCAACUGAAGUAGCAUUGAGAGACAACAACAAAGGAUUUGCGCUGUUACAGAAGAUGGGAUGGUCUGAGGGUCAGAGCCUGGGUAAAUCACAGAAGGGCAUAAAACAACCAAUACAACCUGAAAGCGUAGUCGGACGUGCAGGUUUUGGGUUGGUGGUGGCAGAUGUGACACCAAAUGUUACUGAGAAGAAGAGAAAGAAAGUCUUGCAGAUCACUAAGCAGCGUUACAACCAGACUUGAGAGAAGACUUCCAAACAGGAAAACCAUAAAUAGAUCAAUGAAUUA